AUGGUCUCCAAAUCACGAAAGCGCUCGCAUACUAUUAUAGAGGACGAGCGCGCCGACUGCCCUUUCGAACUUCACAUUUCCUCGCUCCCGGUGGCACGCAUAGAGAAGAAUGAAAAGCCCUCGAAGAAUAAGAGUAAGCCUGUCAAGAAGAGCAAGAACGUGAACACCAGUGAGGAGGUGACGUUGUUUCAACCGUCACUGUUUGAGCCGACCGGCAAAUUUCGCUCCGACGCGACAAUGGGCGUUUACUACCACAUAGAGCCAGGAAAGGACUGGACUAGCAUGACGCGAUACCAUAGCUUCAUUCUGAACAAUGAGAAAUAUCUAAGUGGCGAAUUUGUCUUUGUGGCAAAUGAUAAUUGUAUAGCGCGAGGUAAACUAGGGGAAGAUCUGAAUGCGCAAGUUGGACUAUGCAAUGUCUGGGUCGCACAAAUCCUCGAAAUUCGGGCCCUGGACGAGCGUCAUGUUUAUGCACGCGUCUGCUGGAUGUAUUCCCCCGAUGAGCUGCCUGCAGGGCGUCAGCCGUACUAUGGCAAGAACGAAAUCAUUGCCUCGAAUCAUCUGGAUAUUAUCAAUGUUUUGAGCAUAGUCCACCGUGCUAAGGUUAGCCAAUGGAUCGAGGCGGACGACGAGGAAAUCCCGGAUGGCCUGUAUUGGCGCCAGGCGUUCGACUGUGGCACAUCACAGCUGUCUGCUAUUGCUCUCAUUUGCAGAUGUCGAACACCCGCCCAACCUGACAAGAUGCUCGUCGGCUGCACGAACAGCGACUGCGGAGAGUGGAUGCACAUUGACUGUUUACGUGAGGAUGUAUUGAAGCGUGUGCACGACCGAUUAGGCGCCGACAAGCCACAUAUACCUGUAGUGAAGAAGACGAACUCGACUGAUACAUAUUUGAGUAUCGAGCGACAGUCUGCCCAAGCGCCAUUAAACGCGGUCACGAUGGAAGACGAGCAGCCCUACGACAUAAUUUCCGUACAAGCCGAGACAAGCACUGGUGUACUGGCAAAGUGCCGCGAAGAAAUUGAUUCACGGUCGGCGGAACGGUCGGCGCCAGCGAUAUCACAAACCGCCAGGCACAGUAAACGUGCACCCAGGAAGAAAACGGGACGUCCACGGGAGUCUGACACGAAACUAUACCUUGAGCUCUUCCAGGCAACACUGCGCAUGAGCGACGGACCAAUGGUUUGGGAAAUCAAGGAUUUACGACCUAGCUUUGCUGGCAGUGCGAAGACGUGGUCAGAGUCAGUACUAUGCCUGCUAUGUGGCGCUGAUAUGAAAUAA